CAGACAAGUCAGGGCGUCCAGGCUGUCUCUGGCAGACAGGCAGAGUCUCAACUCUCAUCAGUCCAGAAGAUGGGAGUAAAAUAAAAACACCUCUCGAGCAUUGAGCCCGCCAAAAUGUCAGCUUUCUCAUAUAUGGGUGUUGGAGACUCGUCAUGAUAGUUAUAAAAAAAAGCCAACUGUUGUGUGAACUGUGUGAUUACACACUGACUUCUAGUCUGUUGUGAGUAUUUUUUUUAAAUAGUGUACUAUAUUUUUUAAAAUAUGCACCUUUCUAGAUAUGCUCUUAAUAAUAUUUCUCCGCACGGCUGUAUUUAACCGGUGUGUUGGGUGAUAUACCUCACAUAUCCGCUACAGCAAACCACCUUAUAGCACAGAACUCAACAUCAUUCGAUUAUUCUCCGCAUUUUACUUACAUGGCCAUUAAGAUCAUAAACCUCCCAGACGGCGCUGUAUUUACACGGAUAUACUAUGCUGCCUAGCUCGUGCUAAUACAUACUAUAAUACAAACACAUCACACUUGAGCGGCGUUGACGAAUUUAUGUUAAAUUCAAUACAUGAAAUAAUCGAUCGGAGUGUCUCACAUAUAAGAUAUAUCAAACUCGAUCAGACUGAAAGUGUAACUACCAGUGAUUGAGAUGGUGAGAGUAAGAGAUAAGGUAGAACUACUGGCCGCAGCAAAACAUGGCGAUACCCAGGCUGUUGAGGCAAUACUAGUCCGGAGCACUUCUCGCCACACUACAGACAAGAGGGAUUCGGAUGGAAAGGAGGCCCUGCACAUAGCAGCCGCCGAUGGGAAUGAAAAGAUGUUGUCCUUGCUGAUCCAAUACGGAGCAAAGCUCGACUCUACGGACUACUCAGGACGUACUCCACUGCACCUGGCAGCGGAAUAUGGCCACGUCAAUACAGCGAAAGCACUCGUGGCUAAUGGUGCGAGGAUGGACAUCCGAACAAAGAUGGGUCAGUAUGCUAUCCAUCUGGCGUGCAGAGGGCCCCAUGCAGUCAUGCUCAGCUUCUUGAUAGAGAAUGGGGGAGUCAGUGUGGAUGUGAAGGGGAAGUAUGAUCUGCGCCCGCUCCACUACGCAUGCGGACACAGCGAUCACACGUGCACAAAGAUACUCUUACAAGGGGGUGCGAACCCUAAUUUGGCGGAUUUGAAGGGCUAUACGCCAUUGCAUAUCGCCUGCAAGAACGGUUACAUGGAUACGGUCGCAGAGCUGCUUCGAUAUGGGGCUACUGUACAUGUCAAGAAUGGACGGCGGUCGCGGACGCCGUUGCACAAAGCAGCACAAGGCAAACACACGGAUAUAGUCACGCUCUUAUGCGAUAGUGGCGCUGCGAUGGAUGUGAAAGACACGAACCUGAGGACCGCAGUACACUACGCGGCCGAAAAUAGUGACAUCCCGACACUGCACGCUUUGCUGAGCAGAGGGGCCAGCGUAAAUAUUAAAGAUCAGUUGGGAUACACACCUGUGAAAAUUGCCGCAAAUCAAGGGAGAGCGGAUAUCGUGGAGCUCAUGAAGGUGCUGAGUACCUCCUCACUAACAUCGAUAGACUCCAGGACCACACAUUCAACCACACACUUAUCUAUUUCACCACAUUUAUAUACUUCGUCAUCGGACGCCCCCACAUAUACGCAUGAAAACGAUGCAAGCACGCAAUCAGGACAAAUGUGCAUCCCACCAGAUCCCGCCGAGCAACGACCAUACCCACCCGUCCCUGCACCUUACGUUCGAACGCCAACCCACGGUAUUAACGGGGUGGCAUCAGGUAUAGCGUCUACAUUGAACUCGGUCGAACCGAGCUCAAAAACAAGGACUGCACAGGAGACACCCCCACAUGCACCCCCAGCGUACGACGACGCUGUGCCCCUCACCGAUGCAAACCAUCGGGCCAUACCAGCCGUACACCACCAUGCCACCGCAGAUGUUACCAACGCCACUUCGAAAGUUGUGAAACAAACGGCAGCGUCCGCUCCCCCACUGUGUGUGGGUAGUGUUGGUGAGCAGCAGGCCCAGCCCCGUUCUGCGAACCAGGAUGGUAGUACACAAAGUACAAAUACAAAGGCAGGGGUAAGAAGUCCUGCAAGUCUACAGGACGGUACUGAGGAGUCACGGAGACAGAGAAUGGACCCUCGGAAUGUGGACGGAGUAGCUGAUAGGCGGCUUGAAUCAUUAGGGAAAGCAGUGGCGGCGGCGGGUGUAUAUAGCGGACCAAGUGCGAAGGCUUGGAAUGAUGAAAUCGCACGCAUGACAAGGUUUUGUGGAGAAUGCGGACAUGCUAAUAAGCGAUUGCUGUUUUGCAUUCAUUGCGGCUAUAAAUUCGGUCCACCCGUUUGAAUGGUGAAUAAAGCGCUUGUAGCGACUAGAAUUGGUUUCGAUUGUCAAAACGUUUCCUAGCCACCUAAGCGUCAGGGUACUUAAACACUCAUCAGUUACUUGUUCAGCGUAUUUAAAACGGUGAGGUAUACGGAUUAUAUAUAUUUAUUCCAUUUAGGCUAGCUCACAGUCAAUCACCGUUGACAGUCUGCAAAUGCUUAAGCUAGUCUUUUCAAUUAUCAUUCUCACAUUUCAGUCGCAGCCUUCAAUGUACGUCGCAUGAGAGACACCAGCUUUUACCUCGCCUACUCGUCCUCAAAAGACUAUAAAAUCGAAACAUACGA